AUGGGCCUGGUAACAAGUGUCAAUGGUGUGGAUCCUCAAAUGGCAAACCUGGGCCUUCCUGGCACCUGGGUCUCACUCUACUUUGGACUCAUGGGACUGUGUUGUGUAGUAACCGGCGGCUGCAUGGUAUUCAUUCACUGGAGGAAGAAGCUGUGGCGGGAGAGGCUUGCCCAGCAGUGGGUGGAAGUGAUGAAUGCUUCCACCUUCAAUUACAAUCCACUCUUGUACUGGAUCAAUACACAGAGACGCUAUGGUAUUGACGCAGCUAUCAAAAUAGGCCCUCCCACAGCUCUUACCAACAGUGAGAUGAAAGACCAUAAUCCAGAUUGUCUGUGGGAGUCAGACACCCCUGAAUCCAGGGGUUAUGGCCUCAGAGGCAGCAUCCCCACGGCAGAGACCCCUGAUGCUAUGCAAGCUGCUUUGGUGGUCUCAGGGCAGCCAGGAUCUGACCGGAUGCCACAGCGCCAGACCAGAUCCCCAUUCCCGAUUCCCAUCUUUCAGGAGAUACCCUUUGCCCCACCCCUCCACAAAAUGCCUCCGAUGCUGGAACACACUGUCUCCUGCCUGUUGGACAUCUAUCCUCCAAGGAAUGUCCACUCCCAUUCCCUUCUCACUCUGGGCCCACAAAGAACUGUUUCAAUGCCAAGCUUGGGCUUCAUAUCUGUAGCCUCCUCUUACUGA